AUGGAUGACAGGACCUCUCGCGCUGGCGACGCCGCCCGCAAUGCCAGCACAUCCACCGGCCAACCAACGCGUCCUAUGCCCUCUACCACCACGAACCCCAACGCGCCGAAAGUGCUGCAGCCGAAACCGCAGGCCUUACCCUCGCGCUCAGGCCCUAGCUCUAUCCUCGUUUCGCCGCGCCAAAAGGGCAACCCAAUCUUAAAUAGCGUCAAGUCGACUGCCUGGGAAUACUCAGACAUUCCUGCAGAUUACGUCCUUGGUGCUACAACAUGCGCGCUGUUCCUGUCGCUCAAGUACCAUCGUCUGCAUCCGGAGUACAUCUACAACCGAAUACGCGACCUGAAGGGCCAGUACGACUUGCGCAUCGUGCUGACUAUGGUCGAUGUCGAGAACCAUGAAGAUUCGCUGCGAGAAUUAUCGAAGACGUCAUUGGUCAAUAAUGUCACGAUAAUGCUGUGUUGGAGUGCACAAGAAGCUGGGCGCUACCUGGAGCUGUUCAAGACGUUUGAGCAUGCUGCGCCCACGAGUAUUCGUGCGAAGCAGUCGUCAACCUACUCUGAGAAUAUGGUGGAGUUCAUCACUGUGCCGCGAGGGAUCAACAAGACAGAUGCUGUUGGUCUGGUCUCGAACUUUGGCAGCAUUCGAACCGCGAUCAACGCUGGACCGGAAGAGAUUGGCUUGAUCGCAGGCUGGGGAGACAAGAAAGUGCAGCGCUGGUGCAAUGCGGUGAAGGAGCCGUUUAGGGUCAAGAAGGCUGCCAGACGAGGCCUUACCCGGGAUAACACCCAAGCAGGCUUGUCGAGGGAUGCCUCAAUGGCGGAGGGCGAGAGCCAGACACCAGGAGAGCCUGAUGUUCAGGCAAUGGCACGCCAGAGACUGGAGGAUGCUGUGCCGGUAGCUCUUGGGAUGCAGCAGGCUACUACAACCUCAGCUGCAAACACAGACGCAGACAGGCGGCCUUCUCACCGUCCUGCUGAAGUUCUGAAUGAGUUUGAGGAUGAUGAAGAAGCUCUACGAGAGAUUAGUCAUGCACCUGAGCCUGCUGCUCCAAGGCCUGCGAAGCGGAAACAGGCUGAAGAAGACGUUGGCGAGGGCGUCAUGGCCGCGCUGACUGCCUGCCUGACAUCUUCCACGCAACAAACACUCGACAUAACGACUUAUUUUUGGAGCGCCAAAGCCAACAUGCCUUUCGAAGCGCUGCCGGCUGAAGUUCAGAUUGAAGUAUUCAGCUAUCUCGAAGGUUCGAACCUCAAGGCUGUGCGUGGGGUUUGCCGUGCCUUCAGAGACAACGCUGAGCCUACCUUGUUUCGAUAUGUCAUUGCAACAGCACGGUAUCAAUCGCUCGGCGCCUUCCAAAAGAUAUCAUUGUUUCCUGUAUUCCAGAAGCAUGUCAGAGAGAUUAUUUUCGAUGGUUCUGUGUACGACCAGCUGCUUGCAAAGCAUGAGCCGUCCUACCAUAGGCAAGCCGCCAAGUUUCCCAACCUUGAACAGGGCUUUCGCUGGCAUAAGCACAGUCGAUGGAAACAAUAUGGCCAACUCUUCAAAGAGCAAGAAGAGAUGAAGAGCGACGGCGUACUCGUGCAUACCAUAUCACGGGCCUUGGAGUGGAUGCCAAACGUCACCUGCAUCACAUACUCACCGUAUCCUCGCCAUCUUCCGGUCGAAGUCAAAGAAAUGCGCGACUUGCUUCCAAGGGGUGUCUCAACCUCACCCACAGCUAGCUACACGUCCUCGGACCAUCCUUUCCGCCAACUAAUCGCUGCCCUGUAUAUGUCACAAUUCACUGGGAUUCGCGAGUUCAGGAGUGAUGGUCUUAACAUGGAUCCUGGCACUGAAUUUGCUCUUGGCAUCUUCGGUCUCAAGGAAGACGACAUGGCAGUCAGCAGGUUCCUAUUCCAGCGUCUUGAGAGACUUGUGCUGAACAUGGCACUGCGGGUUCCGGACGAGCAUCUGUUUGGGGAGAUUCUCGACAAGUUCGCUGAAUUGCUGAGGAUAUCUACGAAUCUACAACAUUUCCACCUCCACCCUACUCACUGGAGGUCAGAAAGAGGCGCCCAAUCUCUGUUCGCUCGUCUUGGCCUGGGGACGACAUGGCCCCAGCUGCAGUCUUUGAGCCUUAAAGAUGUACUUGCGGACGAAGAGGAGUUCUCCGGCACAAUUAAGCGACACAAAGAGACCUUGGGCAAUGUCAGGUUCAGCAAGUGCAGCCUCCUCAAAGGUGCUUGGGCUGAUGUUGUUGAUGAAGUGGUUUACGGCUCAAAAAUCUUCCCAUUCGUGUUGGAUCGCGUGAACGAGAGAGCGUUACCCAACCUUGACUACUCGUCGCUCAGCACAUCGGAAAAGGAGUGUUGGAAGUAUGAGGGUCAUGUCGAGGUGACGAAAGACGGUGACCGUAACUUUGUCGAAAGCAACCCUUCCAAGAAGUCUGUAUAUGACGCGAGAAAGCAACAGAAUGAUCUUCUGGAAAACUCCUGA